CCUCCCAGACGACCGACCAGUGAAAAAUUGGCGUACCUGGGGGAGAAAGCAGCUGGAAGGCCGGCGGUCCUGGCAAACCUAGAAGGCGGAAAUAACCGUGGUGAUGGGCGGGGCAGGGCUCCGGCGCUAACUGCAUCCACUAGGUUUGGUCAACACAGAGCCGCGCCAACUCUCUGUGGCUGCGCCAAGACCUGAAGCGGCGGACUGAGAGCAGGGGUCAGAGGCUGAGAGGGCAUCGGAAUGGGACCGGGGCAGAUGGGAACACACAUCCUGCGGGGACAGAGCGAGGAGCCAGACGGACAGCGGCGUGAGGGGGCGGGGCGCGCGGCGCGAGAAGGCGGGCACAAGGGGCGAGCGCGAGGCGGGGCACGGCGCGCGGCGUGAGACGGGGCGGGGCGCGCGUAUCGGCGCCGCGGCCGCGUGACGCGUUUUCAAAUCUUCAACCGCCGCAGCCCACUCGUUUGUGCUUUGCGCCUUCCUCCUCCGCGCUUUGGAGCCGGAUCCGGCCCCGGAAACCCGACCCGCAGACGCGGUGCCUCUGCUGCGUGGAGGCCGUAGCCGGCGGAAGGAGAGAGGCGGCCGUCCUGUCAACAGGCCUGGGGAAGCCGUGCUUUCGUGGCCGCCCGGCGCGACACUUUCUCCGGACCCAGCAUGUAGGUACCGGGCGACUGCCAUGAACUCCGGAGCCAUGAGGAUCCACAGUAAAGGGCAUUUCCAGGGUGGAAUCCAAGUCAAAAAUGAAAAAAACAGACCAUCUUUGAAAUCUCUGAAAACUGAUAACAGGCCAGAAAAAUCCAAAUAUAAGCCACUUUGGGGAAAAGUAUUUUACCUUGACUUACCUUCUGUCACCAUAUCUGAAAAACUGCAAAAGGACAUUAAGGAUCUGGGAGGGCGGAUUGAAGAGUUUCUCAGCAAAGAUAUCAGUUAUCUUAUUUCAAAUAAGAAGGAAGCUAAAUUUGCGCAGACCUUGGGUCGAAUUUCUCCUGUACCGAGUCCAGAAUCUGCAUAUACUGCAGAAACCACUUCACCUCAUCCCAGCCAUGAUGGAAGUUCAUUUAAGUCACCAGACACAGUGUGUUUAAGCAGAGGAAAAUUAUUAGUUGAAAAAGCUAUCAAGGACCAUGAUUUUAUUCCUUCAAAUAGUAUAUUAUCAAAUGCCUUGUCAUGGGGAGUAAAAAUUCUUCAUAUUGAUGACAUUAGAUACUACAUUGAACAAAAGAAAAAAGAGUUAUAUUUACUCAAGAAAUCAAGUACUUCAGUAAGAGAUGGGGGGAAAAGAGUUGGUACUGGUGCACAAAAAACAAGAAGAAGACUCAAAAAGCCUUUUGUAAAGGUGGAAGAUAUGAGCCAACUUUAUAGGCCGUUUUAUCUUCAGCUGACCAAUAUGCCUUUUAUAAAUUAUUCUGUUCAGAAGCCCUGCAGUCCAUUUGAUGUAGACAAGCCAUCUAGUAUGCAAAAGCAAACUCAGGUUAAACUAAGAAUCCAAACGGAUGGUGAUAAGUAUGGUGGAACCUCAAUUCAACUCCAGUUGAAAGAGAAGAAGAAAAAAGGAUAUUGCGAAUGUUGCCUGCAGAAGUAUGAAGAUCUAGAAACUCACCUUCUAAGUGAGCAACACAGAAACUUUGCACAGAGUAACCAGUAUCAAGUUGUUGAUGAUAUUGUAUCUAAGUUAGUUUUUGACUUUGUGGAAUAUGAAAAGGACACACCUAAAAAGAAAAGAAUAAAAUACAAUGUUGGAUCCCUUUCUCCUGUUUCUGCAAAUGUCCUGAAAAAGACUGAACAAAAGGAAAAAGUGGAAUACCAACAUAUUUCUCAGAAAGAUUGCUGGGAAGAUGAUAUAACAGUGAUGGAGCAGAAUUUCCUGUAUAAAGAGACCCAGGAAACUGAAAAAGAGCUUCUGUUUACUUCAGAGCCCAUCCCCCACCCUUCAAAUGAAUUAAGAGGGCUUAAUGAGAAAACGACUAAUAAAUGUUCCAUGUUAAGUACAGCUGACAAUGACAUAAGACAGAGUUUUACACAGCUACCUCUACAUAAAAACAAACAGGAAUGCAUUCUUGACAUUUCCGAACACACGUUAAGUGAAAAUGACUUAGAAGAACUAAGGGCAGAUCACUAUAAAUGUAACGUAAAGGCAUCUGUACAUGUUUCUGAUUUCAGUACAGAUAAUAGUGCAUCUCAACCAAAACAAAAGUCAGAUAUUAUGCUUUUUCCAGCAAAGGAUCUCAAGGAAAAGGACCUUCAUUCAAUGUUUACUCAUGAUUCUGGUCUGAUAACAAUGAACAGUUCACAAGAGCACCUAACUGUUCAGGCAAAGGCUCCAUCCCAUACUACUCCUGAGGAACUCAAUGAAUGUGACAUCAAGAAUAUGGAUAGUUUACCUUCUGGUAAAAUACAUCGAAAAGUGAAAAUAAUAUUAGGAAGAAAUAGAAAAGAAAAUCUGGAACCAAAUGCUGAAUUUGAUAAAAGAACUGAAUUUAUUACACAAGAAGAAAACAGAAUUUGUAGUUCACCAGUACAAUCUUUACUAGACUUGUUUCAGACUAGUGAAGAGAAAUCAGAAUUUUUGGGUUUCACAAGCUACACGGAAAACAGUGGUAUAUGCAGUGUUUUAGAUAUUUGGGAAGAGGAAAAUUCAAAUAAUCUGUUAACAGCGUUUUUCUCGUCCCCUUCAACUUCUACAUUUACUGGCUUUUAGACUUUAAAAAAUGCAUACUUUUCAGAAGUGAUAAGGAUCAUAUUCUUGAAAUUUUUAUAAAUAUGUAUGGACAUUUUUUUUACCAGCUUUGUUUACAGAACCAAAUGUAAAUAUUAAAAAUAAACGUUUGCAAUUUUCUACAGAAUUGAAUGACUGUUACAGAAAAAUUACAGUAUAAACUUGACUGGUCUUAUUUUACAUUA